GAGACUACAGCUAUCAUCAGUACGACGGUAGCCAUCAACUUAUAUUCCACCAUGGCGGACGCAAAGAUUCAAGAGCUGAUAAGCAAGCCGCGCAACGAGCUCACGGAAUACGAGAUUGCCCAGCUUGAGGAAUAUGAAUUCACUUCCGGCCCGCUGUCGAUCCUACAGACCGCGGUGCGUUCGCACACACAAGUUCUGAUUUCCUGCCGAAACAACCGCAAGCUUCUUGCCAGAGUAAAGGCCUUUGACCGACACUGCAAUAUGGUAUUAGAAAAUGUCAAGGAAAUGUGGACGGAGACGCCAAGAUUAGCGUCUGGGAAGAAGGGCCGACCGGUCAACAAGGACAGGUUUAUCAGUAAAAUGUUCCUACGAGGCGAUUCAGUUAUUCUGGUCUUGUUGAGCUGAGCUUUGUGUGGCAGUCGGAUUGGCCAUAACAACGCUCAAUGUAUCAUAUUGAUGAUUUGGAAAAUGGGACGGCGUUCAAUA